AUGGGUGAUUGGAACUUCUUGGGUGGAAUCCUUGAGGAGGUGCACAUCCACUCCACCAUGGUGGGGAAGAUAUGGCUGACCAUCCUCUUCAUCUUCCGUAUGCUGGUGUUGGGUGUGGCAGCGGAGGAUGUGUGGAAUGACGAGCAGGCCGACUUCAUCUGCAACACGGAGCAACCAGGUUGCCGCAAUGUCUGCUAUGACCGUGCCUUCCCCAUCUCCCUCAUCCGCUACUGGGUGCUACAGGUCAUCUUCGUCUCCUCACCCUCGCUGGUGUACAUGGGCCAUGCUUUGUACCGACUCCGUGCCCUGGAAAAGGAGCGACAAAGGAAGAAAACAGCAUUGCGGCGGGAGCUGGAGGUUUUGGACACAGAAAUGGCCGAAGUUCGCCGGAAAAUAGAGCGAGAACUUCGCCAAAUUGACCAAGGCAAGCUGAACAAGGCCCCACUGAGAGGUUCACUUUUGCGCACCUACGUUGCUCAUAUAGUGACCCGUUCUGCAGUGGAAGUAGGCUUCAUGACAGGUCAGUACCUUCUCUACGGUUUCCAGCUCGACCCUUUGUUCAAAUGCGAGAGGGAGCCUUGCCCAAACGUCGUUGACUGCUUUGUGUCCCGUCCUACUGAAAAAAGCGUCUUCAUGGUGUUCAUGCAGUGCAUUGCCGCUAUUUCCUUGUUCCUCAACAUCCUGGAGAUCAUGCAUCUGGGCUACAAGAAGCUCAAAAAGGGCAUCUUGGCAUUGUACCCACAGCUGAGGCACACAGACCUGGAUGAUGGCUACUUUCCCAACAAGGCCAAGAAAGAUUCUGUAGCUAUGCAGACUUGUAUAGGCAUCUCCACUGGCCGCAAGGCCACUAUACCUUCAGCCCCAAGCAGUUAUAACCUUCUGAUAGAGAGGCCACAUGACGGACCUUCCUAUCCACCUUUAAUCAACCCCUCUUCCGCAUUCCUGCCAGUGCAAGGUGACCUUCCAACCAAGAGUGGCUCGGAUGCACCAAAGGACGCUUUGCAUAGCCCAACAGAGCACAACAGUAACUCCAACAACACCAGCAGUGAAACCACACGAUCCCCAGCUGGAGAAUCCAUCACACCUCCCAAGCAAGAGGACCUGGAGGAGAGCACUCACUUACCAACACAUGACGAAGAAGACCAGGAAUGCGAAAAGCCUGAAUCGCCAGGACUACCCAGGGAUCCUUCUCACUCCUCUUCUUACCCAGCAAAGAGGUCAUGGAAGGUCACAGCACCAUGGAACUGUGCCCCCGUGGCAGAAGGAACUGCGUCAGAUUCAGACUCAGUGGGAGAGUCUAAAGCCCGGUCUAUGUCCUCCAGUGUUCGUCCACGAGCCUCCUUCAGGGCGGAACCCAGGAAGAGCCGCCCCAGCACUCCUGAUUCCAUUGAGGAGACCAGCUCAGAAUCACACCGAAGCCCACGGCUGCCAACAUCACCCAGUCGCCGCACUUCACUGGCCAGCAGUUCCAGCAGCAGGCGAGCAGCACCCAAUGACCUGCAGAUUUGA